AUGAUACCCAAUGAAGGUGUUUAUGAAGUUGGUGAGGAUAUAUUGAUAAAACUUGAGCUUUAUAAUGGAUAUGGUGACAAGGUUAAACGUGGUGGGGAUGAUGUUCGAGUAAGGAUGGUUGAAAUAAAUAAACAGCUGACAAUAGCUGGCCGUGUAAAGGAUUAUAAUAAUGGUACUUAUAUUAUAACUAUUCCUACUUUAUGGAAUGGAACAAACAAUGUUAUUAUAUACAUGCCAUAUUUUCGAGAAGAGCGCGUUACAUUUCUAACAUGGACACGACAGUUCAAUGCGCUAUCACCAACAGGUUAUGCUUCAAAGGGAAAAUAUUUCCCUAUGUACUGUCAAAUUAACAAAACCGAUGAGGAUAUUAAAACAUGUUUGAUAAAUACAACUGUAAUAUUUACUGGAGAUUCUACUACAAGGCAUUGGUUUAUUGGGUUACGGAAAUUUAUAGAAUGUAAGCAAACUGUAGGCACAUCGAAUUUUAAAAAGUGGACUCGGGUUGCAGAAUGCGAAAAC